AUGAUUAAAUUCUGUUCUUCUUUUCUUCUUCGAUGCUUUCAUUUUUUUACGAUUUUAAUAUUAUCUCGCGUUGGAAUCCUUAUUAACGUUGCGAAUGUUACAUCAACAUUUAUGUUCCGAACUGUUAUCUGCUUUUUCCUCAUUCCAAGGAACGGUCAGCUGUCUUUUCUGAUUCCAAGGAACUGUUAUCUGCUUUUUCCUGAUUCCAAGGAACUGUCAGCUGUCUUUUCUGAUUCCAAGGAACUGUUAUCUGCCUUUUCCUCAUUCCAAGGAACUGUCAGCUGUCUUUUUCUCAUUCCAAGGAACUGUCAGCUGCCUUUUCCUCAUUCCAAGGAACUGUCAGCUGACUUUUCUGAUUCCAAGGAACUGUUAUCUGCCUUUUCCUCAUUCCAAGGAACUGUCAGCUGUCUUUUUCUGAUACCAAGGAACUGUUAUCUGCCUUUUCCUCAUUCCAAGGAACUGUCAGCUGACUUUUCUGAUUCAAGGAACUGUUAUCUGCUUUUUUUCCUCAUUCCAAGGAACUGUCAGCUGUCUUUUUCUGAUACCAAGGAACUGUUAUCUGCCUUUUCCUCAUUCCAAGGAACUGAACUGUCAGCUGUCUUUUUCUCAUUCCAACGAACUGUCAGCUGCCUUUUUUCUUCAUUCCAAGGAACUGUCAGCUGUCUUUUUCUGAUUCAAGGAACUGUUAUCUGCUUUUUCCUGAUUCCAAGAAACUGUCAGCUGUCUUUUCUGAUUCCAAGGAACUGUUAUCUGCUUUUUCCUCAUUCCAAGGAACUGUCAGCUGUCUUUUCUGAUACCAAGGAACUGUUAUCUGCCUUUUCCUCAUUCCAAGGAACUGGAACUGUCAGCUGUCUUUUUCUGAUACCAAGGAACUGUUAUCUGCCUUUUCCUCAUUCCAAGGAACUGUCAGCUGACUUUUCUGAUUCCAAGGAACUGUUAUCUGCUUUUUCCUCAUUCCAAGAACUGUCAGCUGUCUUUUUCUCAUUCCAACGAACUGUCAGCUGCCUUUUCUUCAUUCCAAGGAACUGUCAGCUGUCUUUUCUGAUUCCAAGGAACUGUUAUCUGCUUUUUCCUGAUUCCAAGAAACUGUCAGCUGUCUUUUCUGAUUCCAAGGAACUGUUAUCUGCUUUUUCCUCAUUCCAAGGAACUGUCAGCUGUCUUUUCUGA